CCCAGUGGACGAUCACAGCAUCACAACGCCGUGGGGAAAAAAAAAGCCCUGUACUCCGUUAUACCGUAGUAUGGCAUCCAGGAGAAUGGAGACCAAACCAGUGAUAACAUGCCUCAAAACGCUCCUCAUCGUUUACUCCUUUGUUUUCUGGAUCACUGGGGCCAUCCUCCUCGCUGUGGGAGUAUGGGGAAAGCUGAUGCUCGGACCAUACAUCUCCCUCAUCGCUGACAACUCCACCAACGCCCCGUACGUGCUUAUCGGCACCGGCACCACCAUCAUCGUCUUCGGCCUGUUCGGCUGCUUUGCCACCUGCCGCGGGAGCCCAUGGAUGCUCAAGCUGUACGCCAUGUUUCUGUCGCUGGUCUUCCUCGCAGAGCUGGUGGCAGGCAUCUCCGGCUUUGUUUUUCGUCAUGAAAUAAAAGGAACCUUCCUGCGGACGUACACCGAUGCGGUGCAGAACUAUAACACCGAGGACGAGAGGAGCCAGGCAGUCGACAAUGUGCAGCGCAGUCUGCGGUGCUGCGGAGUGCUGAACUACACCAGCUGGUUCACCAGCGUUUACUACCCGGCCAACGGCAUCCCACCCAGCUGCUGCGCCAACCUCUCCGACUGCAGUCCCCAGGACCUCCGCAACGCCACCAUCGCCCCCAGCAAGGUGUAUCAACAGGGUUGCUAUGAGCUGGUGACCUCCUUCAUUGAAACCAAUAUGGGCAUCAUCGCAGGAGUGGCAUUCGGCAUCGCAUUCUCACAGCUGAUCGGCAUGCUGCUCGCCUGCUGUCUGUCUCGGUUUAUCACUGCUAAUCAGUAUGAAAUGGUGUAGCAGCGAAGGCGCAGAAGGCGAAAGAGACGGCAAAUGUCACCUUGAGACGUCGGGGGAGACAGCCCCGGAAUGCUAGCACACUCCAUUCUUGAUUCCCUGUACUUUUUACCUGUUCCUUUUCUUUCUCUCUCUCUCUCUCUCUCUCUCGUCUCAGUAACUUACUCAUGUGUAUCAUUCCUUAACUUGCAAGUUGUGCCAUAAAAACCCGAGCUUUUUUCAGGGCUGUAACUCUAGUUAAGCACUCCUAGUGCUCCUGCUGAACUCACUACAAGGUCUGGUCCCACUUUCUCCAUUGCCGAAUGCAUGUAGAACAGGGACUGCUAGAGUCUGCCUGAUCCUCUGUAAAGUAUUAAGUGUAUUUCUAUUAAAAUGGAAAACAAUAUGUGUCACACACAGAUAUUUUCCAUCCACUAAAUUUUGCAGCCCGAAAUAGAAAUUAAUGUGAUGAUAUAUUGAUAUACUUGAAAAUUGAAAGGAUGAACUCCAUUUUAAAGAACCAAUAUUUGAAGAGCUUCAUAAUCCUGGAUGGUAAUCUACAGCCUUUUUUCUUAUUGACAUAUAUUGCAUCUGCUUUUUGCUGCUAUAAGGAGUACAAUUCAGUAUCCUGUUAAAAAACUUAAUCUUGCUUAAUAUGAACUGGUGCAAGUUGCUUUCUGUUGAUGUGUUUGUGUUGCUGUUUUUUUAACUGGGAGUUGUCUUUGUUCACAUGGGUCUGUACUUGGUGUUCUCUGCCACUCCACCCCAGUGCCUUCAAAUAUUUCCUACGAUUUUCUUUCUUUAAAUGUGGCUUAGGUAGGAUGAAAAUUGCAAAUGUUGGGUUUGUACACACAUUUGUACACAAGUGCAGCCUGACUGCCAAACUGCAGUUCAGAUCUGGAGUGAGACAGAACUUGUACCCAAUUUCACUCUGUUUCACCAAAGUGUGAGACCGUAAACUGCCUGUACAUUAUCACGGCAUGCCCGGGUUGAUCACCCGAGAAGUGCUUAUUGAUGAUGGCAACAAAGAGUGCCCUCGCUCUCUACUUCAUCAUGUUUCUCAAGUGACAGGAGCCUUAUGGAGGUGACAGUCAGUGCUACAGUGUCAUUGCCAGAACUCUGUUGCUAAGGCGUGGAUUUGACGUGAGAGAGAACUUAUGUCACUUUUAAUAAAGACGAAAAGGUGGCGUAUUAAAGCCAUCAACAUUUUCAAUGCUUUAAUAAAAUGUACGUAUGCCAAGAAUUCCACUGCAAAGUAAAAAAGCUCUGGAAUUUUGUUCAACUUGUCUGAGUCCUUCAAAUGAUGCAAGUUUUAGCUCAGCAGGAGCUGGGCAGACAGGAAACACCCUGAAACACCCCAAAACACCCCUAGACAGUGAGAGCUGUCUCCAUUUUUCCCUGUGCAUUUAGCCUGUGUUCUGGAUACGCAACUUUGUUUCAUGCCCUUCAAGGGAAGUGAUGUAUACAAGUGCCAGGCUGACCAUCAAGAGGAGUUUACAAUGGCUGCUGUGACAUUUAUUGCUCCAUUAUGUUAAUAAGUAUUCAUCUGAAGACAUAUAGAAAAGGGGAGAACUACAGGGAGCUUAGACUAGGCACUGUACCAUAUCAACCACUAGUGUGAACUUAUGAAAAAAUCUUAUAUUUAACUGAUAGGGUGGAUCAAGAAACUGGUUUAAUGUAGUUGAACAGAUUUACCCGCUACAUGACAUGGAAUACAUACGGGCAUACGGACCCCUAAAACUGUGAAAAAUUAAAAAAUGAGUAUCCUGUUUGGCUGGUGUCUUAUUGAAUAUUUAUACAGUACAUAGCAACAAAAGACCUGACACUAGGAGCAAUACUACUGAGCCUGUAGGGUAGCCAUGUGGCUUUUGAGACCUGGGGAGGAAGUGGAGAGAACACCGAAGUCACUGACGGCGUAAAUUAUUUACAAACAUGUGAUGUGAGUAACUCGGGCCUUGAGGCUCAUCAAGCGACCCUUUGUAUCUUUGUGUAUGUGUUUAUUGCCUUGUUUUGACGUUGUUAUGGCAGUCGCCGCUGCCCCAUGUAUGUAGCUGGAUCAAUAUUAGAAGUCGGUCUAGAAAAACACAGUGUAAAGG